UGUUUUGGUGACGUCAUGUGUGGCUGAGGGAAAGACAGCCAGUGGGUGGGCUGGGCUGUUGUCCUGCUCUUGGCUUCUUACAUCGCAAAUACCACUAAUACGAUAAUUAAAAUAUAAUAUAGGGACACACAAACAUCCCAGAAUGAGUUAGAGGCCGUGUUUCGUGUGUGCCAGUGCACUGAAACAUGGGUCUUUGCAGUGUCCACGUCCUUCUGCUGCUCCUGCUGCAGGCCCUGCAGACAUCAGCUGAGGGUUCAGAAGGACAGCUGGUGUGUCUGUGGGAUAGCCCGAAAUGCCUCCAGGCCACCCAAUGCCACGGUACCCGGUGCUUCUCUUCCGUCAAAGUCGACAGCAGCGGGGUGGUGUUUGAGCACGGCUGCCUGACGGAGACGGAUAAAAUCCGUUUGCAGUGCUCCACAGCUCCGUCCUCCUACCAGGUCAUUUUGUGCUGCUCCCAGGACAUGUGCAACGGCAACAGCACGAGGACUUUUCUGAUUUCUCUGCUUCCAACAGCCCGAGAAGGUGAACCAGUUCGGUACCGUGUAGAGACCUUAGCGCUCUUUGUACUUGGUCCGGUGGUGGUUCUGGCUCUGCUGACGGUGGUGUCAGUGUUGGCCUGCAGGAGGCUCCACCACGGCCGUCUGCAGAGGCUGCAGGAGUUUGACAACGAGCAGGGAGCCAUAGACAGCCUCAUCACCUCCAAUGUGGGAGACAGCACUUUAGCAGAUCUACUGGACCACUCGUGUACGUCAGGCAGUGGUUCAGGUCUUCCCUUCCUCGUGCAGAGAACUGUGGCCAGGCAGAUCAGCCUGAUGGAGUGCGUCGGCAAAGGAAGGUACGGAGAGGUGUGGCGGGGCCAGUGGCAGGGCGAGAACGUGGCUGUAAAAAUCUUCUCCUCAAGAGAUGAGAAAUCCUGGUUCAGAGAGACGGAGAUCUACAACACUGUGCUGCUAAGACAUGAAAACGUUCUGGGCUUCAUGGCGUCCGACAUGACUUCUCGCAACUCCAGCACCCAGCUGUGGCUCAUCACCCAUUACCACGAGAACGGUUCACUUUAUGACUACUUGCAACGAGUUGCCGUGGAGACGUCGGAGGGCUUGGCGAUGGCGGCGUCGAUAGCGUGCGGCCUGGUGCACCUACACACGGAGAUCUUCGGCACCGAGGGGAAACCGGCCAUCGCACACCGGGACCUGAAGAGCAAAAACAUCCUGGUCACAAAGGAGCUGCGCUGCUGCAUCGCAGACCUGGGGCUGGCUGUGACCCACUCCCAGGCAGACAACCUGCUGGAUGUGGGCAACAAUCCGAAGGUUGGCACCAAGCGUUACAUGGCACCUGAAGUGCUCGACGAGACCAUUCAGAUAGACUGCUUUGAUGCUUAUAAGAGAGUGGACAUCUGGGCCUUUGGGCUGGUGCUGUGGGAGAUAGCUAGACGCACAUACAGCAAUGGUAUCGUUGAGGAGUACAAGCCUCCGUUCUACGAUCAGGUGCCAAAUGACCCCAGCUUUGAGGACAUAAGGAAGGUGGUGUGUGUGGAGCAGCAGAGGCCUUUCAUUCCUAAUCGUUGGUUCUCUGAUCCAACUCUCUCUGCUCUGGUGAAACUGAUGAAGGAGUGUUGGUACCAGAACCCCUCCGCAAGGCUCACGGCACUGCGCAUCAAGAAAACCCUGGACAAGAUUCACAGCUCUCUGGAGAAGGGCAAGGAGUCGUGAGAGGGAGAGGAGCCUCAGAGGCAGCUGCCCGAUAUCAGGGAUCGGCUUAAAGAGCCCAGUGUUUGUGAAACGAGUGGACGAUAAAGGGGGACGGACAGAGGACCAGAGGACAGAGUUGUUAAAGUGUCAUCAAGCUUCAUCCUUCUCUGGCUCGCCCACUUUCUCCGACAAGCCCACACACACCAGUUGCCAUCGUGCUCGCACUGACCUGAACUGUAGACUGUUACUGAGUGUGAAGAACAUGGAUGGCAUAUUGUAGUACUCCAUCCCAAUGCUUUUAACGCCUGCGUAAGACUGCUCUCAUACACACACACACACCAGAUACUGAGUGUCUCUUACAAUUCCUGAUUCACAGCCAGUGUUUUUGGCAUUCUGCUCGGAGACAAUCAGAAGUGUUUCACUCAUUUAGCUUUACUAGAACAUGCCAAUUAUUGCCACAAAGACGCACACUACAAACCACACAUAUGUUCACUUACAAAAGGAAAAGAGCCAAUAGAAUAAAAAAUGUUUGUUUUUUCUAGAUAGUAUGAUAUUUAUUAAAUCUCCACUGCGACUACACUACUGAGGAUAUGCAAGACUGAUGGUGCGUGAAACUGACUGUAUACAUAUAUAGGUAUUUACUCGACUUUCUGUACCCAUAUUGUCAUUGGAGCUAGUAAGACAGGAUUUGUUGAAAAAUAGGAAAUUGUUCUCACUGAGCUUGGUUUGAUGUAUUUAAAACAUUACAGAAACACGUAUCCUGGCGGUAUCCUGG